GACCAAGUUUCGGACAGGAAAAAAAGUUCCAUCUCACCAACACCUGCUAUUGGUAUCUGGCUACUUUUCUUGUGCACCACUGGCAUCUCCCACAAGUUUCCCUCUACAUUGGUCUUCGCCUCCUUUACCCUCUCAAUCGUUCCUUGGGUUUCUUGAAGAGUCCCAACGAACCCUAGAAAGCUUCCUCUGCCUUCUUGCCCAGCUUUAGCACAGCACAGCAACUCCGAAUCACUUUAAAAACCCCCAGGUUGCCAGCGAUAUUCGCACACCCGCGAAGAUAUCUUCCAGCUCCGAUAGUGUUCUAGUUACCCGCCAAUCAGCUCCAGUCUUGUUUAUGCAAACGCCUUGAAUUUACACCGCUGGCAAGCUCAUCUCUUUCCAUCUCAAUACUUUUGUUCCUCCACGUCAUAUUACUCCGCAUUUACCAUGGGUACUAAAGGACGCGAAGUUCCUCGUGUUGUUUGUUGCGCAAUCCCGAUAGCUAGAGCUGCGGGCAAAGUUCUAGUCAUCACCAGUCGAAAACGGCAGGACUUGUGGGUUUUACCAAAAGGAGGAUGGGAACAGUCAGAUGGGACGUUAGAGGCAGCAGCCUCGCGGGAAGCCUUGGAAGAAGCUGGUGUGCGCGGCAAGAUUACGCGAUAUGUAACGACGAUACAAUCACCAUCGACGACAUAUCACUUCUACGAACUUGAAGUUGCAUCCCUCGACCAUGACUGGUUGGAAAGCAGAGAGCGGAAAAGAGAAUGGGUUGACUAUGCCGAGGCCCUGAGGAGAGUUUCUUGGAAAGGAGAGUUGGCUCAGGGGCUCAUGUUGUCAUCCCUGGCAUCUCAGCGGUAGUUCAUUAAGAGAAGCGUUGACGCCCCAUCGUGAAAUAUUGGGAAUGAGCUAUUCCAUUGACUUUUUUUGUUUUUUUUUCUUGUUUUUUUUUUUUUUGCAUUCUUCCGUAAUAGGAAUCCAUCUCCAUCAGCAUACUCUACUCAUUCGAACGAUACCAACUAUUCCAUCUUCGCUACAUUCACAUUUGCGCUGUUCGCACUCUGCCUUCACUCUACUUGGCACCAUUUUUCCGUGCAUAACUCGCUGUUAUCUGCCGUACCACUCUCACCCUUCAAUAUCUAUCAGCCACAAGGGUCCAACUGCAGUGGUCUCCCCCUGAAAUAGAUAGACGAUAGCGGUAGCCAAUCAUGCGCUUAUCAUAUGUUAUGUUCGUUCUUAGAUGUAAUUUUAUAACAAUACUAAAGGUUCAAGGAAGU